GAGCAAAGAUUAUAAAAAAAUUCCCUUUUUCGAUUUCUUUCCUUCUUUAUUAUUAUUAUUAUUAUUUUUCUUUCCUUGCCAUUUUUUCUUCUAUUAUUUUUUCUUUUCUCCCCCCCUCCACCUCAGAUCAUCUCAACUUGCACUUUAUUCUGCACGCAAAAACCAGUUAAUAUAUACUCACGCGUGCAUUUAAUCAAGGAAGUGGCAUUACGUUCAAUGCUGUUCAGAAAUACAAUGGCACUCAGAAACGGCUACGUGCCGCUGAACAAUGAUCUGCUACAAGAAAAUACGUCCGAAGCCACCGCUGAACGCCAGCGUGGAUACCAUAAGGUCGACACAUCCCAGCCGCAAUUCACCUGGCGGGCGAUCAUCGUCGGGCUUCUCUUCGGCACAAUCCUCUGUUUCUCCAACCUAUGGUUCGGGCUCCAAAGCGGCUGGAUAUCCAUGAUGAGCCUACAAUCCUCCCUGGUCGGCUUCGCCGUCUUCAAAGCCCUGAACACGUGCUGGAUAUUCCCUUUGGCCCGGCGGAAAACGUCGUUCUUCAGUCCACAGCCGUCGCCACAGCCACUAUGCCGCUGGCCGGCGGGCGGUGCUUUGGCGGUGUCGACGGCCGUUGCUGUUGGACCGCAAGACAAUAGUGCUGCUGUGGACGCGCACCAGAUUCGCCGCCCCCGGACGGACCCCGAGAUAGAGCCAGUGCAAGAGGAUGCGGACGGCGACCGCAAAUUUGUCGAUGACGUCGAAUGGGUGACAAAACUUCUCUCGUUGCUCGUCGCGUUUCUGCUCUCCGGCUGCUACGCGCUUCUGGCAUACUUUUUCCCGGUUAUUUCCGCGCUGCCUGGUAUCAUUAUGGGCCUGCCGACGUGCAUAUGGAUGCUGGUCGGGUCCAUUGUCGGCUGGGGCGUGCUGUCGCCGAUGGCGAAAAACGCUGGGUGGGCGCCUGGUCCGGUCACAGAUUGGAAGGACGGUAGUCGCGGGUGGAUCUUGUGGAUAUCCCUGGCGGUGAUGAUUGCUGAAAGCGUGGUCUCGCUGGGCUUGGUCAGCGCCAAGGAGAUGCACAAUUUGUUCGAUGCUGCGGCGGAGGAUGAGACGCAGGACGGGCUGCCUGCUAGACAGGGUGCUGUAAAAUCUGUGGAUAUCAGUGAUGACGAGGAUGUCGACCCGCGGUUCCUCAUCCCUGGCUGGAUUACGUGGGGCGGGCUUGCGGCGUCGACACUGCUGUGCAUGGGCAUUGUAUACGCCUAUUCGGCGUCCCUGUCUGUUUUGCUGGCUCUGCCGCUGGCUGUUCUCGGUGUCCGCGCGCUGGGCGAGACCGACCUUAACCCUGUAUCGGGCAUCGGAAAGGUGUCACAGGUGGUAUUCGCGGGCAUCAUGCCUGGCAACCUUGUUGGCAACCUGGUCGCCGGUGGAAUUGCCGAGGCCGGUGCUCAGCAGGCCGGCGAUCUGAUGCAGGAUUUGAAAACAGGCCACUUGCUCAAUGCCUCUCCCCGGGCGCAGUUUGCCGGCCAGAUGAUCGGCAGCGUAUUCAGUGUAUUUGUUACCGCUGGAGCCUACCUUUUGUACAACAAAGUGUAUCCCAUCCCAGGCCCGCAGUUUCCUGUGCCCACGGCGCAGGUAUGGCUGGAUAUGGCUCGCCUGUCAUUGUUGCGCGUCGGAAGAAAGAGCAAUCUGCCUUUCGUGCUGCUGCGGGGUAUGGUAGUGGGAAAAUUGGAAUGAUGGCUAUUAUUUUGGCCAGUGGGUUUGUGCUUGGCGAGGGCACAUUUUCGUUUUUCAUUCUUUUGUCGCAGGCAUUUUCGAACUAAUUAAUAAAUAUUUGUAUGUGAGACUUUACAUAUUCACGAGCACAGUGCACAGUGCGCAGUGUGUAGUGUGCAGUUCAGUGCGGAACCCAUUUCAAUUAAUAAAAAAGGGAAUGAUACUUGACAAAAAAA